AUGCUAACUACAUGUCUCUCCCUUUCACUCAAAUAUUGCGCAAGCGAUGGCGAUGUCACUGUCUGUGGUCGUAAAAGCUUUAUUUUACACAUAAUAUGCAUAAAUUAUUUAACCAAUAAUAUUGAAUCUAUCUAUCUAUUCCUAUCUAUCUAUCUAUCUAUCUAUCUAUCUAUCUAUCUAUCUAUCGAUCUCUCUCUCUCUCUCUAUAUAUAUAUAUAUAUAUAUAUAAUUGGAUCUGAGCCACUGGGAAUAUCUAUCUAUCUAUCUAUCUAUCUAUCUAUCUAUCUAUCUAUCUAUCUAUCUAUCUAUCUUAUAUUAACAAUGGAUAGCUUAUUUUAUCUAUCUAUCUAUCUAUCUAUCUAUCUAUCUAUCUAUCUAUCUAUCUAUCUAUCUAUCUAUUCCAUCGACUUCUAUCUAUCUAUCUAUCUAUCUAUCUAUCUAUCUAUCAUAUGUUCGUCACGUCCGAUUUCUUUUUGUUUGCUGAGGCGGAAGCUUUUCAGAGUGGAUGCCGUAGCUUUUGACCGACACAAUGACAAGUCAAUCCUUUCAGUUUUUCCUCAUCGUCACCACGCUACUUGCCGUGUGAGAGGGCAUCUUAUAAAUAAAUGCAUUCUUUCCCGCCAAUCCAGCCGAUCGAAGAAUCCAUUUGGCGCACUGGGUCUACAAUUGUUCAUUAUCUAUCAUCUAUCUAUCUAUCUAUCUAUCUAUCUAUCUAUCUAUCUAUCUAUCUAUCUAUGUCAGUCUCUUAAUCAGUCUGUUCAUAUCUAUCUAUCUCAGAUUUUCUAUCUAUGCCAGUCUCUUAAUGAGUCUAUUCAUAUCUAUCUAUCUAUCUAUCUAUCUAUCUACCUAUCUAUCUAUCUAUCUAUCUAUCUAUCUAUCUAUGUCAGUCUCUUAAUCAGUCUGUUCAUAUCUAUCUAUCUCAGAUUUUCUAUCUAUCGAUGCCAGUCUCUUAAUGAGUCUAUUCAUAUCUAUCUAUCUAUCUAUCUAUCUAUCUAUCUAUCUAUCUAUCUAUCUAUCUAUGUCAAUUUUCUAUCUAUCUAUGCCAGUCUCUUAAUGAGUCUAUUCAUAUCUAUCUAUCUAUCUAUCUAUCUAUCUAUCUAUCUAUCUAUCUAUCUUUUUUUGUUAUUUUUUCCUCUUUUUAGAUAUGUUCAUUAUAUCGAAAAAACUCUUCCUCCUACUCCUCCUCCUCCUCCUCCUCCUCCUACUACUACUACUAUCUAUCUAUCUAUCUAUCAAUUUGACAGAAAACCGAGAAAAAACUCCUCCUCCUACUACUACUACUACUAUCUAUCUAUCUAUCUAUCUAUCUAUCUAUCUAUCUAUCUAUCUAUCUAUCUAUCUAUCUAUCUCAGCUUAUCGACUUUUCCCUCUAACCCACAGCUCUUUUCUUUCUUUCUGAUUCUGAUUUCACUUUUAUUUUCCUCUUUCUUUGUUUUUAUAGAAAUCAUAUCUUUGUUUACUCCGACUAAUAUUCUUUCCUUCUUUCCUUCUUUCUUUCUUUCUUUCUUUCUUUCUUUCUUUCUUUCUUUCUUUCUUUCUUUCUUUACCUUGCUUCUUUCUUUCUUUACCUUGCUUCUUUCUUUCUUUCUUUCUUUCUUUCUUUCUUUCUUUCUUUCUUUCUUUCUUUCUUUCUUUACCUUGCUUCCUUGCUUCUUUCUUUCUUUACCUUGCUUCUUUCUUUCUUUACAUUGCUUCUUUCUUUCUUUCUUUCUAUCUUUCUUUCUUUCUUUCUUUACCUUGCUUCUUUCUUUCUUUCUUUACCUUGCCUCUUUCUUUCUUUAUCUUUUGGAUUAUUUUUCUCUUUAUUUUUAUAUAAAAAAAACCCACCUUCCUUUAAUCCCCACUAGUGUUUUCUUUCUUUCUUUCUUUCUUUCUUUCUUUCUUUCUUUCUUUCUUUCUUUCUUUCCAUAUAAACUCGAUCUUUCUUUGUCCAACUGUUCUCUCUUUCUAUAUCUUUUGGUUUAUUUUUCUCUUAUUUUGUUUUUAUAUAAACCCCCACCUUUUUUUACUCCCUCACUAAUUUUCUUUUUUUCUUUCUUUCUUCACUUUUCCUUUUUCUUGAUUCCUUCUUUCUUUUGUCGGUCACUGAUAUCGUGA